AUGAGUCGUCGGCACAGAGACCGAAUAGUUCAUCACCUCGAAGUUUGACACCUCCACCAUAUGAGACGGCAGCUGUUGAACAGCAGCAACAGCAGCGAAAAGGGUGGUGGAAAUUCGGUGGAGGGGGUGCGUCGAAGAAGGAGAAGGAAAAGGAGACGGCAUCGAGUAUCGAGAUCGCGAAGGAGAUGGAGGAGACGAAGCUGAAUGAUUUGGAUCGGAUUAUCGACGAGAUUCCGAUGGAACACAGUAAAUUUUUUGUGGUUGGUUGGGUUGGCGAUCGGCACUUGUCGAAACGCCGUCGAAUUGCGAUCGCCAACCUGCAGGGUGGUCGCGAGUUGCCUCUUGAUAGGGUUGUUGUAUCGGAUGGAUUUCCA